AAUGGAUUCUUCGAACUUUAUAGUGAGUGCCAGUUAAUGGCCUCGAGCCCGCUCUUUUUGACUUGAGGAAUCCUUUUUCUCUCUCUUCCCAAAAGAAGAGAGAGGAUAUAAAUAUAUGCGAUACAGAGAAAAUUGCAGAGAGAGAGAGAGAGAGAUUAAUUAAUAAAUUAGAGAGGGAGAGAGAGACAGAUUAAUUAAUAAAUUGGAGAGGCUGCGCCCAGGCCCAGCGACUGGAAGAGAGAGUCUUCAGUUUUGCUUGCUUUUCAAAGGGUAGGGAGUCUGUCUUCCCCACUGAAUUACCAAAAAAAAAAGAGAGUUUUUGUAGAGAGAGAGGGAGAGAGAUGGCUGAAGAGAAGGUUAUUGUUUCUGGUGAGAAGAAUGGAAGCCAUUCUUCUUGCAGGUUUGGGGACAUGGAAGCUGAUGGGAACAAAAAAACCCCUGAAUGUAUUUCCUCGGUCCUCCCUGGUUGGUUCUCUGAGUUCAGCUCCAUGUGGCCUGGAGAGGCACACUCAUUGAAGGUAGAGAAGAUCUUAUUUCAGGACAAGUCCCAAUACCAAGAUGUCAUGGUGUUUCAGUCAUCGACAUAUGGAAAGGUGCUUGUGUUAGAUGGGGUGAUUCAGUGUACUGAAAGGGAUGAGUGUGCCUAUCAAGAAAUGAUCACUCAUCUUCCACUUUGCUCAAUCCCUAACCCGAAGAAGGUGCUGGUCAUCGGAGGAGGUGAUGGUGGUGUUCUACGAGAAGUGGCUCGACACUCUUCCAUUGAGCAGAUUGACAUAUGUGAAAUUGAUGCCAUGGUUGUUGACGUUUCUAAGCAAUUUUUCCCUGAUAUGGCGGUAGGCUAUGAGGAUCCCCGUGUUAAGCUCCACAUUGGUGAUGGAGUUGCCUUUUUAAAAGCUGUUCCUGAAGGCACUUAUGAUGCAGUUAUAGUGGAUUCUUCUGAUCCUAUAGGCCCAGCCCAGGAGCUUUUUGAGAAGCCAUUUUUUGAGGCAGUUGCCAAAGCCCUACGCCCUGGUGGAGUGGUCUGCACCCAGGCUGAAAGUAUAUGGCUGCAUAUGCAUAUUAUUGAAGAUAUUGUUGAUGUGUGCCGCCAAGUAUUCAAAGGCUCUGUAAAUUAUGCAUGGACAUCUGUACCCACUUACCCAAGUGGGGUGAUUGGCUUCAUGCUCUGCUCCACUGAGGGCCCUGCAGUUGAUUUCAGGCAUCCAGUGAAUAUCCUUGAUGAUUGUGAUGGCAAAGCAAAACAAUCUUUGAAAUUUUAUAACUCUGAUAUUCAUUCCGCGGCAUUCUGCUUGCCAACUUUUGCAAAAAGAGCAAUCUCAGCAAAAAUCAAGCACAUCAAUUAGGCUGUGGAGCCAGGAGAUAUCAGAGUUGAGGGAAAGAUUCUUUGUUAUGAUCCUUAUGCUUUGUUACCCACCCCCCUAAGUAGGAAAAGUACAGUAGUUGAUAAAUACUGGUUUUACCAUUUCCAGUUUGCAGUCACAAACUCAGAUAAGAUGUAACUCUAGCAUCUCCUUGAGUGGGAGACUGCACGUCAUAAUAAUUAUAGUAAUUGUUUUUAUCUUUGCUAAAA